GCUUCUAUGGUUCGGAUAAUUGUAAAUUAAUUUCUUAUAAGUUAAUGAAAUAAUAAUAAUCGAACUUAAAAAAAUAAUUCAUCUCUCUCAGUAAUGUUAAAAAUCUCAGUGAUUAUGUGGUUGAUUGCUUCGAAAUCUGCGCGCUCGGACAAAAUAAUCUUUCCCAAAAAUAAUGAUUUCGAUAGCAAUUGUACUCUGCCGAACGGCCAGCCGGGCAUUUGUCGCAGCUUGGUGGAUUGCGAAACAGCUUUGAGGGAAAGGAGUGAGAGGCCGAAAACCUGUUACUUUGAAGGGGAUGAGCAAUUUGUUUGCUGCCGUGGGCCAAGACCCUCCGAAUUAGCUUGCUCUGAGCACAAUAUUCCACGAACGGAAGUAAUCAACGGCUUGCAAACUGAAGCUAAAGAGUUUCCAUUUAUGGUAGCUCUUGGUUGGGCUACACCACAGCCGAGCGUGUACGAAUACAAAUGCGGCGGGGCUUUGAUUAGUUAUGAUUGGGUCCUAACUGCUGCGCACUGUACCUCUGUGGGAGGCGCUGAGCCGGUAGCGGUGCUCUCGGGUGGAGUUACUUUGACCGAUACCAAAUUCAAGCCAACAUCGAUAGACAAAAUUAUUAUACAUCCGAAAUAUGAGCCUAAAUUAGCAUACAAUGAUAUUGCGCUCAUUAAAUUAAAAUCAGUGCCACAUGAAACGGAGCCAGCUUGCAUUACGGAUCAUUUGCCCUUAGCCAAUGUAAAUGCGACAGCUAUCGGAUAUGGACACACUGUCUUUGGUGGCACAUCAUCCGAUCAACUUUUGAAGGCUUAUCUUCUCACCAUCGAUUUACUUCUGUGUCAAUUCUACUUUGCCGAUCAGGAUGCACUGCCGAAUGGCCUAAUGGAAACGCAUUUAUGUGCAAAGGAUACGCAGUUCAACAGGGAUACAUGUCAAGGCGACUCUGGUGGCCCGCUAGUGGUGCACGAAACCAGCUCAUAUAGAAAAGUACCCUACGUAAUUGGUGUCACUUCAUUUGGCCUAGGCUGCGCCACAGAUGCACCGGGAAUUUACACGAACGCUGCAAAAUAUUUGGACUGGAUUGAACCAAUUCUGUGGCCGCAAUAUUUGUUAAAGAAGCCUUAAUUGAAAAACAAAAUAAAUU